CAACAACGCACACAUUUCGAAGCUAUACUAUAUAAAGCCAGAGACGCGUCUUUCCAGCCUGGCUUCUUACCAUGUUGUUCUAUUCGGGGCCCACACCCCAACAAAACCCUAGUUAAAUCCCCAAAAUACCCCUAGAUCUUCACAAAAAUACUCUCCCUCACUCUUCACUCUGGUUUCGAUUCCCCCAUUUCCUCACCAUGCCACCGAAACUCACACUCGUGUUGGUGGUGCUGUUUUUCGCCCCCGUUGACGCGCAUUUUCCGGCAACCGGAGAGCUUCCAACGUUCCGCGAGGCGCCGGCAUUCCGCAACGGAAGAGAAUGCCGCAACCGCGCGCGGAGCGACUCCGUGAUCCACAUCGCGAUGACGCUGGACGCGACCUACCUCCGCGGCUCCGUCGCCGGUGUGUUCUCCGUCCUGCGGCACGCAUCAUGUCCGGAGAACAUCGUGUUCCACUUUAUCGGCACCACGCGCCGAAGCACGGAGCUCCGCCGCAUCAUUACCGCGACGUUCCCGUACCUCGCCUUCUACCUGUACCAAUUCGACGCGAACCUCGUCCGCGGCAAGAUCUCGUAUUCAAUCCGACGCGCGCUAGAUCAACCGUUGAACUACGCGCGCAUGUACCUCGCGGAUCUUCUUCCGGCGACCGUCCGGCGAAUCAUCUACUUCGACUCCGACCUCAUCGUCGUUGAUGACGUGGCGAAGCUAUGGAGCAUUGAUCUCCACGCGCGCGUGCUCGGCGCUCCCGAGUACUGCCACGCUAACUUCACGAACUACUUCACGCACCGCUUCUGGUCGAACCCUAGCUACGCGGCGUCGUUUAAGGGACGUGACGCGUGCUACUUCAACACUGGCGUAAUGGUUAUCGAUCUAUGGAAGUGGCGCGAGGGAAGGUACACGGAGAAGCUCGAGAGGUGGAUGCGGAUCCAGAAGCGGAACCGCAUCUAUGAGCUAGGUUCAUUGCCGCCGUUUCUGCUUGUUUUCGCCGGCGACGUGGAGCGCGUGGAGCACCGGUGGAACCAGCACGGCCUCGGCGGCGAUAACCUCGAAGGUCUCUGCCGAGAUCUGCAUCCCGGUCCGGUGAGUUUGCUUCACUGGAGCGGCAAGGGGAAGCCGUGGCUGCGAAUCGAUUCAAAGAAGCCGUGUCCGUUGGAUAGUCUUUGGGCUCCGUACGAUCUCUUCCGUCACUUGCCGUCGCUGUUCUCCGAUUCAUAGCUAGGGUUUUGGUGCGGGUGCAUGGGCUUUUGACGUGGGGAGUGCCUCACUUGAUUGCUGCCACUUGCUCCUCCUCGUCGUCGUCGUCCAGCUGAAAGGAAGUGUGAUUGGAAAUGACGGAAAAGGACACGCGAGUGUGAGGGAGAUGUGAUACGUGGAUAAAGGGUGACGUGGCUAUGUGUUUGGAUGAUAUGAUAUUAUACGGUGACCUAUUUUGAGUUUGGAUGAUGAUGAUGAUGAUUGGGUUGCGAUGGUUAUUAAUUUUGUACAGUAUUGGUAGGUAGAUAGUGCAGUUUACACUCUUGCCCCUUGUGGUAGGGUAUGCGCGUUAGGCACUCUUCACCGGUUCUUAGUUCUUACACUUGGAUGGAGGGUUUCUUCGCCUAAGUUCUAGUGUUCGUUUAUUUUUUGUUCAAAUAAAAGGAACUAAAAGAGUGUAGUGUGGCGGGUGGUAUGGUUGACGGGGCAAUUAUCAUUUUGUUUCAGUGAGACCAAAUAGAAAAUAUCAAAAUACGAGUUCGACACAGCAAUGUUUUCAGAUUAAAAACACUGUUGUCAUAAGCAGUGUUAAGAAUCUGUUUAUUUUAGUUUUUAGGAAAAUUAUUUUUGAAAAUUUCCAGUGUAUUUCUUUAAGGAUUGAACUUUAACAAGGUUAUAUUUAUAUUGUUUUGAA